AUGUCUGCUUUCCUAUCCGGAGCUGCAGUGGAAUGCGGCCCAAGUAACGUACUAAAAAAUGUACAGGGUAGAUUGGACAGGGAUACGUCUCUCCAGCAGGAUCGACUGGUAUCUACACCUAACGUAGCGAGCUCUUCGAAACAACCUUUCAAGUCCCAGACAUCCUCAUAUUCACCUCCAGCGCAGAUCCCUCAAAAUGCUCAAUCACCAUUCGAUAUCACCUCUUUACGUCAGCACCUUCCUCCUGCUCAGACAUCCCUCCUCAAUCCCCAAGCUUCAUCUUGGGCAAACGCAUUCAGUGUUCACACCCAAUCUCAAGCUGGUCCCAGUCGACCGCAGGAGAGGACAGUGCCUCGUCAAUCGCAAGCUGUCACGCACGGCUGGAGUCAUGAAUACGCUCAAGCGCAAGAUAGUACGAUUCCGAAUCAUCAAUUGACGAGAUUGUCACAUCCUCUUGUAGCACCUUGGAAAAGGCCCCAACAUCAUCCUGCACCUGAUAUAUCGACUCAACUGCAUCAAGCACCAUUACAACACCAUCCUCCACCACACGUAACAACAAGGCCAUCAUCCGUUCCGGCUAGACAGGUUUCUCCAAUUUCCCACGAACCGCUAACUGAAUCACAAGAUAUCUUAGCUAAAACCGCUCAGACGUUUGUGGAUGAGCUGGAAGGACCUGAUGGUAUUAUGAAGGCGAAUCCUAAAUUGGCCCAAAGCAACUUCAUAUCGUUACUCAGGAAAGUCGGUAAUGGGAAUGUAGUGAUAGACGAGGGUAAGCAGACGUAUGGAGAUGAUAUAGGAGAAGGAGCAAAUCUGGUUGAGAGAGGUAUGUUAAUGGAACGCACAGAAGAGAUUUUGGAAAAUGACAAGAAUGAUGGCGCGAUGUAUAAUUGGGCGGAAUCGUUUAAUGCAGCAUCUCCAAAGGACAAGGUCGGGAGGAUCGACGAGCGAAAUCUCGCUCAACCUAUGGGUUAUAGACACGGCGUGAUGCCUUCAUUAGAUCGAUAUGAUACCCCAGCACCAAAUCUUCAGACCAAUUGGGAAAGCUCUUUCCAAGAUCAAGAGGCGCUCAUUCGAUCAUCCGAAAAUGCCUCGAGGAAAAGUGUACAUUUCGAUUCUGACGUAGACUUAUCAUCUGCAAGUGGAGUACCUAAGACAUUGGAAGAAGCUUUGAGACAUACCACGUCUAUACCUGGAAUGGGAGCUUCCUGGGAAGAAGAGGGAUUGGAUUUAGAUGAUUUCAACGAUGAGGUGUUCAUGGGAUAUAAUGGGAUGAUGAAAACUGUACCUCCUACCGAGGUGAAUAAAGGAGUAGGGAACGAUCAAACUUGGGGUCGAUUACAGAAUGAUUGGGAAAAUUUCCAAAGAGCCGAACCGGCGAAACAGCAACUGAGAGGUAUGGGAGUAGAUGAUAGGUAUUUAUUUCAGAGGAAGAACCCGUACUUCGGAGUGAGUGAGGUAGCUUCGUAUUGGGAGAUGGCCCAGGAAUCACCAACGUUGAAAGGAGUACUCGAACUCGAAGCGGCCGUUCAGAACUCCCCAUCAUCCUUCGAAGCAUGGUACAACCUAGGUUUAAAACAACAAGAGAACGAACGGGAGGAAUCUGCUAUAUUGGCAUUGUCUAAGACUAUCCAACUUGAACCUGACUAUAGACCUGCAUAUUUGGCUCUGGCAGUCAGUUAUACGAACGAAAGUGAGAUAGAGGCUGCUUGUACGAUGUUGGACAAAUGGAUCAGUCUCGGUGAAGGUUUGGGCACCAAUGCGAGUCGAGUCGAUGCACAAGAAGGAGGAAAAUUAAGGGACAGGGCAAAGUUGAUUGAGAGGUUGAUCGAUGUAGCUAGACAAGAUCCCGAGAAUGUAGAUUCGGAUGUUCAAGUUGCCUUGGGGGUUCUGUUCAAUGCAACGGAGGAAUACCAAAAAGCGGAAGAUUGUUUCCUUGCUGCGUUAUCUGUACGACCUGAUGAUUGGCUGCUGUACAAUCGACUUGGAGCUACUCUAGCGAAUAGCGGAAGAUCCAACGAAGCGAUUCAGUAUUAUCAUAAAGCUUUGGAGCUCCAUCCGAACUUUGUUAGAGCGUUAUUCAACCUUGCUAUAUCAUAUAUCAAUCUCGGCCAUUAUUCCCUCUCUGCCCAGUCCGCUCUCGAUGCUUUGCGAUUACAGCAUUCCGACGCUUCUGAGGGAUACUCGUUCGGACAGGAAGGAAGUAAAGUAAAGUCGAAGGGAGUCACAAGUGAGGCAUUGUGGAAUGCCUUGAGAAGCGCUUGUAUCCAUAUGAAUAGACAUGAUAUAGUAGGUUUGGUGGCACAACACGAUUUGUCGGGAUUUCCAAUGAGUUUUGGUGAUCUUGAAGCUCAGCAGUAG